AUGCUACUGCGCCCGUGGGUACGUCGUUCUCGGUCUCACUAUAGACACCUUUCCCAAGUUGUUGCUCGUUUUUAUUCCAACUCCUCAGAUGUCCUAAAAUCCAAAGAAUGGUUACAAUCAUUUGAUAGUUCACAAAUUCCACGACACUUGUUCAACAUUUCAUACAGCAGAUCAUCGGGUCCUGGAGGACAAAAGGUCAACAAAACGUCAUCCAAAGCUACUGUCUCUUUGAAUGAAGGCGAGUGGUUACAAAGCUCGAAGUGCUACUGGAUCCCGUCUCCCAUACGUCAGCAACUUCAUGAAAAGCCAAUCCGUUAUGUUACAAAAUCCAACGGUCUUUUGAUUCAGUGUGAUACGAGCAGAAGUAGGGACCAAAAUACAAACAACUGUUUUUCGCGGCUCUUGGAGGAAAUCAAAUCCAAGGUCUAUUUUUCAAGUGAUGUCAAAGAGGAAGACAAGGCUAAAUGGAUUCAAUUGGAAGAAGACUUCAAAGAGCGAAAGAAGUUCAACAAAAAGAAGCAGUCUGACAAAAAACGCAAUAGGCUUAAAAAGUUUGAUCUAUAA